AUGGCAGUCGAGGCCGCUGCUGCUCUGGCUCCGCUCUCGGCAUGGUUCGCUGCUGUCAAUCGCACCGUAACAGAGCCAUACCUCGACGAGGUCUUUCAUAUCCGCCAAGCACAGCAUUACUGUCAAGGCCACUUUGAGAUAUGGGAUCCCAAGAUCACAACUCCACCUGGCCUAUACCUCAUUUCCUACAUCUUCUCCCCGCUCCUAGGCUGCAGCAUUACCGCUCUGCGUUCAAUAAAUGCACUGUCGCUGAUCGGUUUGUUGGUCAUACUACGCGCGACGUUCGUAGUGCGCAGGAAGACGAAUCAUGAAAAUGGGUUCAUGAGCAAUAUCAUGGCGUGUCACAGCUCGCUGAACAUUGUGCUGUUCCCGCCACUGUUCUUCUUCUCGGCGCUCUACUACACUGACAUGGCGUCAACACUGUCUGUAGUGCUAYUCUACUGGUACUUCUUGCAAGGGCUAGCAAAGUCGCCCUCAUUAGGGCGGGACUUGCUGCAGACUCUUCUAGGCAUUGGCAGCCUGAUGUUUCGGCAGACCAACAUCUUCUGGGUUGCUGUACUUCCAGCAAUCUUGACCGUGGUCGCAGAAUUGGACCAAGGUCAUCGUGUCGUAAAGGAGAGCAUGUAUCGUCGAGCAGAAGGAUUUGGCGAUAGCUCGCUUAGUGUGGCGAAGACGAGCUGGAAAAUGGAAGUCAUUUAUGAUCCUCCCAUCAGGGAUGCUUUCUUUGAAGACUACAUGCGCACACUUAUAUCCAUCGCGUCAUGUGCUUUGAAAGUCCUCACCCGACCAGCCCGCCUCUUCGAUGUCGUCCGCGCCUUGGUACCAUUCCUCGCCCUCCUCGGACUCUUCGCAAGCUUCAUUCUCUACAACGGCAGCGUGGUCCUUGGCGACAAAUCUAACCACGUCGCCACGCCCAACGUCCCUCAAAUGCUCUACUACUGGGCAUUUCUUGCCUUCUUCUCCUGGCCACUUCUCCUCCCACAGUUCUUCCUCCUUCCGCUGGUKCUCAUCUGCCGCCUUCAGAGAUACACCCAUCUGGAACCUCUCCUUCUCUUUCGCCGCCGCUUCUUGCUCCCUCGCGUCCGUCUCGUCCUGGCUUCCAUUUUCGUAUCCUGCAUGAUCGUCUUUUUAAACACCACGGUCCACCCUUUCCUCCUCGCUGAUAACCGCCAUUACUACUUCUACAUAUUCCGCCUCCUCCUCCGACCCUGGUGGAUGCGCUACGCCGUCACACCACUCUACGUUCUCUCCGCCUGGGCUUCGAUCGAAACUCGCGGUGAACCAGCCUCAACUACCCCGAAAUCAUCCCAAACUCUGAACGAUCCUCUGGUCGCCAAAGCGAAACCCUCAGCGCAUCGACAACCCUACCAUCUCCCAGAUGGAAGAAGUACCGGAACAGUCUCCUUUGUGUUGUCGACUAUCUUCACCACUGCGCUGACUUUGUGUACCGCCCCUCUGGUGGAACCUCGAUACUGUAUCAUCCCGUUCGUUAUGUGGAGGAUGCAUCUGCCACUUUACUCCCCUGAUAGGACUCACGACCAGCAGAUUGCCAAAUCCGGAUCUUGGAAGGCUAUCUUUGCGGCAUAUGACUACAGGGUUGCAUUGGAGACCGUGUGGUUCCUUGUCAUCAACGCCGUUACAGGCUACAUCUUCAUUCAUUGGACUUUUGAGUGGCCGAGUGAACCAGGCAAAGCGCAGAGAUUCAUGUGGUGA